AUGUCAUGUUUGGGUAGGCUAUUGUCUGUUUCUUACCCACCGGAUCCGUACGAUUCUCGGUUUUCAGGUUAUAAGCUGUCUUCUCUACGGCGAAAUCGGAGACUGAGAUGGCGAUUCACGGCUUUAGACCCAGAUUCUUCCUCCGCACCUUCCUCUCUCGACUCAGAUUCCGCCGAUAACUUCGCUGCCGGAUUUUGUAUCAUAGAAGGGCCUGAAACAGUACAGGACUUUGCUAAAAUGCAAUUACAAGAGAUUCAAGAUAACAUUCGAAGCAGACGAAACAAGAUCUUCUUGCACAUGGAAGAGGUAAGGAGGCUAAGAAUACAACAACGGAUUAAAAACACUGAACUUGGCAUUAUCAACGAAGAGCAAGAACACGAAUUACCCAAUUUCCCGUCUUUUAUCCCAUUCUUACCUCCAUUGACUGCUGCAAAUUUGAAAGUCUAUUACGCGACUUGUUUUUCACUCAUCGCGGGGAUUAUCCUAUUCGGUGGCCUACUUGCUCCUACGCUAGAGCUAAAGCUAGGUAUAGGAGGAACAUCAUACGCAGAUUUCAUUCAAAGCCUUCAUCUACCUAUGCAACUGAGUCAAGUGGACCCAAUAGUAGCGUCGUUUUCCGGAGGAGCGGUUGGUGUGAUUUCGGCUUUGAUGGUAGUCGAAGUCAACAAUGUAAAGCAGCAAGAACACAAGAGAUGCAAAUACUGUCUAGGAACUGGGUAUCUAGCAUGUGCUCGUUGCUCUAGCACAGGUGCUCUUGUAUUAACUGAACCAGUCUCAACUAUUGGUGGUGGGAAUCACUCUCUAUCGCCGCCCAAAACUGAAAGAUGUUCAAACUGUUCAGGUGCCGGAAAGGUGAUGUGUCCGACAUGUCUAUGCACAGGAAUGGCUAUGGCGAGCGAGCACGACCCUCGUAUCGAUCCUUUCGAUUGA